UAUCCCAUUGAACCUUUCAUUGGCUACUCUCAGCAAGGGACUAUAUGAAGCCUGCCUGGGGUAAUCACCUCAACAUUUAACCAUCAUCUCGUACUACGGUCCAGAGACUACCGUCGCGGCGCAACUGCCGAUACCCCUUCCAGGUCCAGAUGCGGGGAAUGUCGAUUCUAAUAUAGUGAAGUUGAGGAACUAGAUAGGUAAGUUCAUACCUCCACCAUGGAGAUUCAGCAAUUGCCAAGUAGAAGUAUGUGCCGCCCGGCUAGUUUAGAUGUCAUGUGAGAACGCGAGGCCUAUACAGUUAAGUUAGACUGAUCCAGCCAGUUGAUCAUACCCGAGGUCAACUCGAAGACGGAUUAAUGAUAAACGCCUACUCCGCCAAUCCCGAUGUUUAAGAAAGAUAGAGGGACGAUCGAAAAGAUUUCUCAAUAAAACGAAUAUAUUUAACAAAAUGGCCGAGUCACAGAAAUCUGCGCAGACAGGCAUCAAGGUGAUCGUGGUGGGUACGGGUUUCGCAGGACUAACAGCCGCGAUAGAGUGCCACCGCAAGGGACAUGAUGUAUUAGUGCUCGAGAAAUUCCAAGAGCUUAAGCUCCUAGGCGACAUUAUUUCAUUUGGACCCAACUCGUCGCGAUUAUUCCGUCGAUGGCCAGGUGUCGCCGAGCAAUUGGAGCCCCUUAGUAUGAGAGCUGACGCGAUCACUCUGAAAUCCUGGAAAGGAGAAACACUCUUCACCCAAUACUGGGAGGGUGAAGAUGCAGAGUUUGGCAUCCGUUAUGAUGGCCACCGCGGCGAGUUCCACGAGGUCGUUUAUAACCAUGCCAAAGAAAUCGGCGUCAAGAUUCGGCUCAAUGCUCGUGUCGAGGACUACUUCGAAGACGAUAAGGAAGCGGGCGUAGUCCUUGACAAUGGCGAGCGAAUUACGGCUGAUGUCGUGAUCGCGGCCGAGGGUGUACGUAGUAAGGGCCGCAAGAUUGUUCUCGGAUUUGAGGAUAAGCCCAAGCCUUCCGGCUACGCUGUAUACCGCAGUUGGUUCAGCGCCGACGAGAUUGCAAAGGAUCCUGACACAAAAUUCUUUACCGAGGGUGGUGACAAGCACGUUGCUUGGCUCGGCCCGGAUGUACACUUCAUCGCAGCCUGCAUGAAGGGGGGUAAGGAUUUCUCGUGGGUAUGUACGCAUAAAGACGAGGCGGAUAUAGAAGAGAGUUGGCAACUUGAGGCGCCGCUGGAAGACGCGCGCAAAGUGCUCGAGGGCUGGGAUCCUAUCGUACAGAAGAUCCUGGACAAAACGCCGUCGCCCCUAAUCGACUGGAAGCUCGUCUACCGCGACCCCUUACCAACAUGGAUCUCGAAAGAUAGGCGUAUCGCUCUGAUUGGUGACUCGGCCCAUCCGUUUUUGCCGACCUCUAUUCAGGGGGCUUCGCAGGCAAUGGAGGAUGGAGUCACGAUCGCCGUAUGCCUGCGCGAAUGCGGCGGCUCCGACAAAGUCCAGGAAGCAGUCGCGGCAUUUGAAGCGAUCCGAUACGAGCGCGUCAAAUCUGCCCAGAAGACGGGUGAGCAGACACGUGACAUCUGGCACAAGGCGGACUUCGACGCUGCUAAGAAGAACCCCGAAAGCAUGAGGCUAAGACGCGAGGCCUGGAUACUCGGGUUCGAUGCUGAGGAAUAUGCCGAGGAUAACUACGAGCGCACAGUUGAGGUCCUCAGACGCACGGGCUUACACGAUACUAGUGAGGCAAGAAAGCUACACCUGCCUGAAGGAAAGCACGGGUAUCUUGAAUACGGAAAUGGAAAUGAUAAAGGAACUGAUAUUUCUGCUGCCGCUCAUGCGGUCAACGGUACUGUUAUAUCAUAAAUAGGUAUAUAUAUAUAUAUAGACACAUAGAAGAGGUUGAAGAUGGUCGACAACGUUGUACGACUUCCAAGAAUGCAGUACGACUCCAGACGAUUUGUCCGCUUCUCCUUCUCAAUGCUCCCUAUUUGCUCUUCUUCAAGUUGAUUAGGUAGUGAGCCGAAACGCCUCUGAUAUC